AUGGCUCAUGCAUUAACAUUCAACGAUCAAACUCUACGAAAUGAAGAAAUACUUCCACUCAAUCAACAUAUCGGAUUGUUACUCAUUGACUAUCUUCAAGGUUUAGAUGUUAUUAAUUAUAUGGAGGCAGUAAAUGGUUCUGUACAAUUUCGAAACAUUGUAGUAUCUAAACACAAAUUCUAUCGAAUUUUUAUGGAAUUAGUUAAAAAAGAAAAUGUAACAGUUACUAUGCCUUAUCUUGAUUUUUACUUGGAAGAGUGUUCUUUCACCACCAUGGGAUAUUUAUAUCCCAAUCACUAUCAUCACGAACAUGCUCCUGUAAUGCGUUCAUUCAUUCAUUCUACAUUUACGGUGGAAGCUUUAGAAAAAUUAUGUUGUACGUACAAACAUCCAUCAUUUCAAUGUUACAGCCGUUUGUUACCAUUUAAUUCACAGUCAUAUGCUGGUAAUUUAAUUGUUCUUGACUAUUUUAAUUACAAUUAUUCAACUGGUCCUUCACGUGAAUUAAAUGUUUAUGAACAAAGUCUUUUCAAAGAAUGUCAAUUGUUUCGACCAUUAGCACAUGAUGUGCUAAACAAGAACUUAAUAUUUGUGGAACAUAUUUCAGAAUUUAUAAUGAAUUUUGAAGAUCGUUUUAAGUUAUUUACAUGGAUAAAAGCUAUCGAUUUUAACAAAUUUCAUAUUUCCGGAGGUUGUCUUGUUAAUUGUCUCUGCAAACAUCCGUUUUCAGAUACUGCCAUUGAAAUGGUAGAUAUAAAUUUCAACGGUAACUCAUUUCAUGAAUUCAAUGAUGCAGUUCAUAAUAUUUAUGUUGAUUUGAUGAAGAUUAUGUUAGAGAAAAAUUACUCUCCAAGUACAAAAUUAGUAAAAAAAAGCAAUGGUGGUUACAUUAUUGAAUUACCUUUUAAUAUUCAAUUACAAUUUAAUUUUAAAAAUAUUCCUAAUAAUACUAAUCCUAUCAGCUAUGUACUUCAUUCCAGCGAUAUUGAUGUCAGUCAAAUUGCAUUUACAGGUACACGUCUGUUUUGUACGUUUGCUUUUUUACAAGCUAUUGCUACAAAAUCAUUUAUAUGUUAUACAAUGCAUGCAACUAUGAUGAAAAGUAUCUGUGAAAGAAUUAUUCGAUAUUGUCACAGAGGAUUUAUUUUUCUCGAAUCUCACGAUUUCGACGAUACUCUCUAUGAUGAUAUAAUGAAUAACGAUGAUCUUGAAGAGAAUAGAGUAGAAACGAAAGAAAUAAUAGAUGAUGAUGGUGAGGUUCAAAUUAUGACAACCACUUAUGGAACACAUCAAUGGCCACUUCCAACUAUCGACUCCUAUCUUCUUCAGGAGGCAUUUAUCAAACGAAUUAGUUAUAAACAAUUCGAAUAG